UGAGGGUCCUUCCUCUGAAGACAUCACCAGUGUGUGGAGCCUGCCCCACACCCACCCCCUGCCAAACCACGGCCUUUACCUGUGUCUUCCGGUGUUUCCCGUGCGACCCAUCCUGUGGGAGUGCCUCGUGGGCCACUCCAGAGUUCACCCCACGCUCAGCGGCGCCAAUGGUGAAGAUGACAAGAUCCAAGACUUUCCAGGCAUAUCUGCCCUCCUGCCACCGGACCUACAGCUGCAUUCACUGCAGAGCCCACUUGGCCAAUCAUGAUGAACUCAUUUCCAAGUCGUUCCAAGGAAGUCAAGGACGAGCAUACCUCUUUAACUCAGUAGUUAAUGUGGGCUGUGGGCCCGCAGAAGAGCGAGUGUUGCUAACAGGACUCCACGCAGUCGCAGACAUUUACUGUGAAAACUGCAAAACCACUCUGGGCUGGAAAUAUGAACAUGCCUUUGAAAGCAGCCAGAAAUAUAAAGAAGGCAAAUACAUCAUUGAGCUAGCACACAUGAUCAAGGACAAUGGCUGGGACUGAUCGGAGGGUGUCCACCUAACCCAGUGUCCACGUGAACGCCAUCCAACCGAACAUUCUACCCAAGCGUGAGAGAGUGACUGAACACUUGGUUCCAUCCAUUUAGGGGCCUUGCCAUCUGGGGCAUUCUCCCACCCUGACACCAUCUUUCUGGUGACCGGCCUCUAAGUCUUUGUCUCUCUGUCUCUUUGCUUUGUAUCUGUUUGUGAGUUGAUCCUGGCUUCUCUCUCUGUUCUAGUGUUGGCUGAAAACAAAACAACAAAAGGAACAGAUGUCUGACCGCAUGGCGGCAGCCCACCUUGAUCAGGGCCCUAGGGCCCAUAGAAGAGCUGCCUGAUGGCCUUUUGUCGGGAGAGCAGUGGCACAGCACGGGGGUAUGAGGAAGAGGGGAAGGAGAGAGCCUUGAGGGUCCCAGGGGUGGGCAGGGGAUGGGCCCUUAGAGGUAGGAACAAAAUUGUGCUGCUCCCGGAGUCCUGGUAACUUAGGCUUGAAAUAAUCGACUUGUCUAAAAGGACAAAGAGAAAAAAAAAAAAUACCUCAUGACUGCAUUCUCUCUGAUCAGAAGCUUCUGUUCCUGACACCGACAGUGCCGGGUUAGCAUGUGAGCCCAGGAACUGGCCCUAACUCCAGGGGAUCAGGGGCCGGGUUCUCCUGGGUUGAGUUGGGGGUGUCGUGGAAGCAGAGGGUGAAAAGCCCAGGUGGUUUUGAGAACUCCGAUGCCUCACUGCCCCUUCGGGUCAUCUUUGCCUCUUUAGUCACUGUAGGUAAGAAGAGGGGGACUGCCAUUUGCAAUGGAUGCAAGAUCGAAACAUCCCAAAGGCUUUGGCCACCAACCAAGUAAAAUCAGUAACUGAGGAGGACAGGGAACAAAGGGGGAGGCGGUAGUUCGGGAGCUCCUUCAGAAAUGGCUCAGAUACUGCGCCAGAAACAAUAAAAAGUAGAAACAGUGAGCAAUUCUGACCAUCUAACCUUUUUUCCUGACCCUUAGUAAGAGAAGAGCCUUGUGGCAAGGAGGGGGGUGGGGUGGGGCAAUGCUGGGAAUAGUUUAGAUUUGAACCAUGACAGGUUAGUGCAUCUUUCCCCUUUGGUAUGCAGUGGCUUCAGUGAGAUCAGCAAUUCUUUGUACAUAGAGUUUUGGGUGUUUUUCUCCAGUUCUAUCCCUGUAGACUUGUGGAAAACAAAGUCCCAAGGCUUUGAGCUGAGUGAUCACCUGGCCAGGAGAUUCCUCAUGCCCCUGGAGCUGUUCUCGGACUUGACUGCUUUGUGUGGAGAGAAAUUGUCAGAGUGGUCCAUUAGUGGGAAGGGCCUGGGUGUGAUAGCCAACAUCAAGUUACAAAUUCCAAUAUUAGCCUCUGCCUCCCAUCUCGCAGCCCAAACCAAAGUUCUUUAUAUUAAGGAAAUGGAGAACAAAUCCUUACUAAGUCUCCUGAGAGAAAGGAGUUGGUUACAGUUAACCAACACUGUGCAGUGUAUUCUACCAACAGCUAAGCCAGUAGUACACUGUGCACGACCAAAGUCAUUUAACCGAGUUAAUUUUAUUGCUUAGACCGAAAAUGUAAUUAAUGUUAAGAUAUGUGCAGGUUAUGUUAGGUAAUUCUCAGCAUCUCAUUCUCUAAGUAGGCUGAUCCUAUAGGAACAUUCACCUUAAAAGUCAGAGAAGAGUGAGUUCGUCGAGACAAGAAAUCUGUAAAAUUGAUUCAUCAGGAUUCAAGCAGGCAGUGAGGGACAUUUCCAGAAUUCUGACAAAUUUCCGUAGGGAUUGAGUCCAUGGUGGAAAUGUCUUUUCAUGUUGCUGUGGUCUGAUUGCAGAAGGGGCACCGGAGCUAGGAGCUGGGCGUGGUCCUGCCCUGGAGGGUGACUGACGCAGGAUUGACAGGAAGCUGGGUGGCUCCAGGCUUAGCAGUAGACAGCUUCUGUGACACAAAAGGAUUCUUAGAAAUUGAAUCUUGUUCCCAGAGGCUUUUAACCCACAUUUUUUGGUACUUCAGCAACCCUGGGAAAUUAAGUGCUCCCCACAUUACUAAAAAGCAGACUGAGGUUCAGAAGAAGUAUUUCAUUUCCACUCCCAAAGAAAAAGUUCUUCUGGCUCCCAAGGCCAAGAUCUCAAUGAAAAAAUUUUCGACUUGACAUUCCUAAGCUGGCUCGCCAGCACAAAAACCAUAGAUCCCCCUUUCUGUCUGUGCUGAAGGUAGUAGCCUUCACUUAGAGAUUUUGAUUAGCGCCUUUGCUCAGGGAAUGUCCUGGCUGUUGAUACUCCUUUCCAUAGAAAGAAAAUGGGGAUUAAGCAUGGGUAGAGGUUUUGUCUUUGAUACUGAAAAUGGAAUGUGGUGACAUAGAAACCAGACACGAGGUGUCCUAGAAUUUUCAAGGGGCAGAGGAGACCGAUGUGCCACUGUUCUUCUUGGGGAUGAGGCCUCUGACUGUUGCAUGGAUCAGAGCAGGCUCCAGUUAGACCCAGGUCCUGGUUUUGUUUUUGGUUUUCCAAUUCUUACCAUUGAGCAUCCAGUGAAUGUGUGGCACCAUACUCGGUGCGAAAGAUCUGAGUAGAAUGUUGGUUUUUCCAUAACUACAGGGGGAAAAAAACAACUCAUUAGGCUUUCCCUUUGUGUCAAUGAAACCAAAAGUGCUUCUUAUAACUUCAGCUCCACUCAUGGUUUGUCUACCUAACGUCAAGCAGUAUUGGAGAGACCGCAGCUGAGUGAUGGAGACACAUCAACUCAUGGCCUCAGUCAGUUCGUUUUUUAAUUUCCUCACCAAAUUAUUGACUCAGAGCAUAACCAAAGACCUCAUCCAUUCACCCCUGGCAGGUUCAGGGAAUUGGAGUUUGACGGUAAAGCCUCGGCAGGGUGUUGGGAGUAGGGCAGGGGAAAGGGCAAAGUGAGGAAGGGAAAGGCAUGAUGUUCUAUACCUCAGCCAGCAGCUGCCUUCUUUGCAGCUGAAGUCCAGCUGGCCAACUCUCUAGGUCCAUCUCCCCUGUGCUGUCCUAGGUCGUGUGGCCUCGGUGGCUCUGGAUACACCGAGACCCCAGGAUGUUAGUCUCAGGCUGUGAUGGAUUGAUUUGACAUGGAUCAAAUACAGCCAGACUUGAUGGCCCCAGAUGGUCAGCUGGGCCUGACUGAGAGCUGCCCCAACUCCGAGACAGCAAGAUCAUGGAGAUGGGAUAAAUCUUGGCAGGUGGGUCAGUGUGUGAAAAAGAGGUGUCCCCUUUAGAAAAAGAUUUUCAAGUGGAUAUAUAUAUGGAAACAAAGUUGCUUGUGAAAUAUACUUUUGUAAAUAAUAUUUAAUUUUUUAAAUAAUAUAUUUGGUGCUGUUUUCUCAGAUCCCCUGAGAGCACUUUUUAUUUUCAUUUUUAAAUUCUAUGGUUUCCUCUGCAUUUCUUGAAGUAUAUAUUAAGGGAAACAAGUGAUCACCAAUAUACUCUUUUUAAAAAAAGAAGAUCUGUAUCACUUUCGUCUGGACAGAGGGAAUAAAGCAAUGCCUCUCUGCUCCACCAACCCCCAACCACCCAUGGAGCAGACUCUGCAGUUUCAUUACCAGGUUGAGAAUUGAAAUAGUUUCUUGCACCAAUAUUGGCUAAGAAAAAAAUAAAAUAAAAUCAGAUAUAGUUACAGCUUAGUGAUUCCUCUUUUUGAAAGAGUUUCCAACAAAUCGGGAUCUUGUUUUUAAUGUGUGUGUGUGUGUGUGUGUGUGUGUGUGUAAGUGUAAAAAGCACUUUGGACUGUGCCUCCUGUUUUCUUUUUUACUGGGGACAGUAUACCUACAGUUUACACCUUGGGCACAUAAGGCUUUCUUUUCUUUCUUGCUGGUUGUUUUGUUUCUGAGUGGACCAACAGCACAAACCAUGAGGAUUUUGAUUUUCUGAGCAUGGAGCUAUUGCCACUUUGCUCCUUUUUCUUUGUGUGCUCAACUUUCCCAGAUGGUAAAGGAAAUCUACUGUUUGUGAAGGUCAAACGGAAUCAAAUCUGUGUGUUUCUAACUGACAUGUGCGUGUGUUCCUUACAUACCCUAGGGUUCCGGUUGUUGUAGAAGCCGUGUCUGGUUUGGGUUGAAAGAACAUUGGUAAAAUAAUACACAUACCUUGUAAGUAAACAAUUUAUUUUAUUUUAAGGCCAUACUGCCUCAGGUUCAGGAAGAGGCUGGGAAAUCAAAUCUUAAACACAAUCAACUUAACAUAUUUUAACAGAGUCUGCCUUGCAUGAAGAAACAUGCUAGUGGUCAAGGUAGAGGAGAGAGAUGUUUCAUUUUCCUAAGCAAAAUACAGUCAUGAAAUCUGCCAGCAGUGAAAGGUAAAGCCAAGAAGAAAUAAACUAUUCCCAUCACCAAAUUCAAUCUGCCUGUAUGUUUUUAUAUAACAUUUUGGUGAAAGUGAGAGUUGGUUCCCUUUUCAACCUGCAGAGACGAUCUUUAAAUACGGAAUCUGUCUAUUUAUGCUUGUGUUUACAAACUGUAUUUGUUGGGUUUGGGUUUUGUUAUUUUCCCUAUCUUUUUUUUUCCCCCCCUGUGGCGUUUUUCAGGUCACUUUGCUUCAAUAACAAAGAUAAUUAUUUUCGAAUAAUUUGUCUUCACCUUUUCCUGUAUUUGUACAUAGUGGUUCAGUAUUAGAGAAAAGUGCAUUGUUUCUGUCAUAUUUCCAAUUUGUGUUGGUGCUCAUUUGAGAAAAUAAAGUUUUCAAAUAUUC